AUGGAGCGCGGCAGUAUCAAGAUGGAUCAAAACGCGGCCUUCGUCGAGUCCAUCUACCAAGCCGUCAAGGAAAGCGACGCAUGGCAAGCUGGCUUCGUCGACAAGCGUGUUGUCAUCCUGUUCGACAACGCGCCAGUGCACUCGCAAACUGAGGAGCGUGUUGUCCAACACGACGACUUGACGCUCCUUCGUCUCGGGCCGUACUCUCCUAUGCUCAUUCCGAUUGAGAGCUGCUUCAGUGUUUUCAAGUCGCGAAUCAAGGCUUAUCUGGCGCAUCAUACUGCCGACAUGUUUGACCGCGGUGAGUACAGUUCGUUUCUUGAAAGCCGGAUGGUCUUGCUCGAGGACGCAGCUCGCGAAUCGUUGCCUUGCAUCACCCAGUCGCUGGUGAUACGAGAGGUUUUGUUCUGCCAGAAUAAUGUUGACAAGGCAAUUCGACUGGAGGACAUGGCUUAUGGCCAGUAA